GUGAAAAAAGUAAUGGAAUUAUAUGAACAGUUACAACAAAGAAUAGGAGUUGUUAUUGUUGGUUUGAGUGGUUCUGGAAAAUCAACAUUAUGGAAAUUAUUAAAACAUGCACUAAAUAAAAUGGGGAAAAAUGUUAAACAUUAUCUAAUGAACCCCAAGGCAAUUUCUCGGAUUCAGUUAUUAGGUUUUAUUGAUGUUGAUACAAGAGAAUGGCAUGAUGGUGUUCUUACAACUAGUGCAAGAGAAGUUGUGCGAGAAUCUCAAGAUGUUCAUUCUUGGAUUAUAUGUGAUGGUGAUAUAGAUCCAGAAUGGAUAGAAUCAUUGAAUUCAGUACUUGAUGAUAACCAUUUAUUAACAUUGCCAUCAGGUGAAAGAAUACAAUUUGGUCAAAAUGUUAAUUUUCUGUUUGAAACAGAUGAUUUAAAUAAUGCCUCACCUGCUACUAUUUCAAGAAUGGGAAUUAUCUUCUUAAGUGAACAAGAUACAGAUAUUCAAGCAUUAGUCACAUCAUGGAUACAACAACAACCAAAUGAAUAUCAAACAUUUCUUGAAAACAUGAUUAAUCAAUAUUUUUUUAAAUCUUUGGAUUGGAUUAUUAAACAGAAUGAUUUCAUCAUAGAAACUUCUGUUAUUGGACUUGCAAUGAAUGGCUUGUCACAUCUUGCAAAUAUUUUGUCAAAACCUAAAUUUGCUCUCUCUCUUAUAAGAGGUUUGGGAAGUAAUUUAAGCAAAGAAAAUCAUGAAAUUUUUGCAAAACAAAUAUUUUCAUGGAUGGAAAUUUCAAUACCUAAUCCUAAUAAAGUUUUGAAUACAUAUUAUAAUGAAAGAGAUGAUCAUUUGGAUUAUUAUAUUUCAGAGUUGAAUAAUGAUAUAACAAUUGAAAAGUUUUGUAAUGGCAAUCCUCCAGUUAUUGUUACAACUGAUGUCCAACAGAUAGCAGGAAUAAUAUUGCCAUGGUUGCAGCCUAAAAUAUUUCAAUCUGUUUUGUUAAUAGGGCCAGAAGGAAGUGGCAAAAGCAUGAUUCUUCAACAUUGUUUUCAACAGCUUCAUUCUGUACAGAUAGCAACAGUUCACUGUACAGCUCAAACUACCCCAUAUCACCUUUUACAAAAAAUAUUACCAUUAUGUUUAAUUGUUAAUUCUCAUUCUGGUCGCACUCUUCGUCCUAAAGAAAGUGAAAAACUUAUUCUUCAUUUAAAAGAUAUUAAUUUACCAAAGCCAGAUAAGUGGGGAACGUGUCAACUGAUUUCAUGGUUACAACAGGUUUUAACUUAUCAAGGAUUUUAUGAUGAUCAUCUUGAAUGGAUUACUUUAGAUGGAAUUCAAAUAAUAAGUAGUUUUAGUUCUGGAACAUCACUUGGAAAGCAUUCUCUAUCCUCUCGAUUUACUUCAUUAGUCAGAAUUUGUGCUGUCAGUUAUCCAGAUGAUGAACAGCUGAAGCUUAUUUAUACUUCAUAUCUUAAACCUAUAUUACUUUAUAAUUUUAAAGAUAAUUCAGUGUGGACCUCUUUUAAUAAUAUCCAGCAAUUAGCAGGAUCUAUGGUGGAUAUAUUGAAACAGGUUAAAUCAAGAUUUCACUCAGAUGAAAAUAAUCAUUAUCAAUUUACUCCAAAAUGUUUAACUGAAUUAGUAAUUUCAUUACUUCGAUAUGAUUUUAAUAUGUUUAAAUCAAAUAAUUCCUCUGAAGAAUUACUACAUAUUUGGGCAUAUGAAGUAAGCAGAAUAUUUCGUGACUGCUUAAUAGAUAAUGAAUCUCGUGAAAAAUUUGAUAAUAUUCUUAGUAAUUUAAUUCGUGCUGAUUGGGGAAUAAAUGUAAUGGAUCAGAUAAAUGAUUGGUAUUAUGUAACUUAUGAUAAUUCAAUUCCAUCCAGUUCUUUUGGAAAAAUCUUGAAAAAAAUGAGUGUGGAAAAUUGGCAAGCACUUGUGCAGAAGAGUGUCCAUUUAUUUAUUACAACAUCAUAUUAUUUAAAAAUAAAUUUUAAUAAUGUACAGGCUCAAGGAAUAUUAAUGCAAAGUUCUGCUAUAGAAAAUCAACAAACUGUUCUAUUAAUUGAAGACUAUCAGUUAUUAAAAUCAGAAUUUCUUGAAAUGAUUAAUAGUUUAUUGGCAUCAGGUGAAAUACCUGGUCUAUAUAAUUCAGAAGAAUUUGAAUCACUAAUGAAUCCAUUGCGUAAUCAAGCAUCAGAAGAAGGAUGGCGUGGAUCUCUUUUGGAUUAUUUUUCUUUUAAAGUUAAAAAAAAUCUUCAUAUUGUUUUAGUAAUGGAUUUUACCAGUUCUGAUUUUCAUUUACAUUGUGAAGGAAAUCCUUCUUUGUAUAAAUGUUGCAGUGUUCAGUGGAUGGAUGAAUGGUGUGAAGAAUCUAUGAAAAAGAAUCACUAUUUUCCAGUUCUACACGGAUUCCUUGUUGUGCCAGUUCUUGAAGGUCAUCGUUAA